CACACACUCACACGCACGCACGCACACACACACACACGGCUUCCUUCUCAAGCGCAGUGACUUCACUUCCCAAAUUUAGAGGAAAAAAACCAUCCGGCGAAACUGUCUCUGUCUCUCCGCCACAUAUCGGGGGCUGGAAUUAAUUCAGACGCGUGUCAUGUUUGGAAUAUUGUCGGGCUCCACUGAAAAUUGCGCAAAAUGGACGGAACUAUCAAGGAGGCGCUGUCAGUGGUGAGUGAAGACCAGUCUCUGUUCGAGCCUCCGUACGCCGCUGCUGCUCCCUUACCCAAGACAGACAUGACUGCGUCCGGCGCACAGGACUACGGUCAGCCUCACAAGAUCAACCCUAUCCCGCCUCAGCAGGAGUGGAUCAACCCGCCCGGCCGGGUUAAUGUCAAGCGAGAGUAUGACCACAUCAAUGGAUCCAGCAGAGAGUCCCCGGUGGACUGUAGUGUGGGUAAAUGCAAUAAAAUGGUAGGCGGGACCGACGCAUCUCAGAUGAGCUACACCAGCUACAUGGACGAGAAGUGCGCUCCGCCCCCAAAUAUGACAACCAAUGAGAGGAGAGUUAUCGUCCCAGCAGACCCUUCUCUCUGGUCUCCAGACCAUGUGCGGCAAUGGUUAGACUGGGCCAUUAAAGAGUAUGGUCUUCAGGAGAUCGACACGGCCAUGUUCCACAACACAGAUGGAAAAGAACUUUGCAAGAUGAGCAAAGAAGACUUCCUGAGACUUACCAGCGUCUACAACACGGAGGUCCUGCUCUCACAUCUCAAUUACCUCAGGGAAAGCAGCUCAUCAAUAUCAUACAACACACCAUCUCAUACCGCGACCAAUUCUCGCUUGGCUGCCAAAGAUGAUGCGUCUUACGAUGCUGUACGGAGGGCAGGCUGGUCAAACAACAUGCACAGCGGCAAAGGCUCUCCUACGGUGGUGUCUCAGAACGUGUCCAAGAACACUGAACAGGCUCGGCCUCAGCCCGAUCCUUACCAGAUUCUAGGACCCACCAGCAGUCGACUCGCUAACCCAGGUUCGGGUCAGAUCCAGCUGUGGCAGUUCCUGCUGGAGCUCCUCUCCGACAGCGCCAACGCCGGCUGCAUCACCUGGGAAGGGACCAACGGGGAGUUCAAGAUGACGGACCCCGACGAGGUGGCGCGCCGCUGGGGCGAGCGCAAGAGCAAGCCCAACAUGAACUACGACAAGCUCAGCCGCGCCCUGCGCUACUACUACGACAAGAACAUCAUGACCAAAGUUCACGGCAAGCGCUACGCCUACAAGUUCGACUUCCACGGCAUCGCCCAGGCCCUGCAGCCCCAUCCCACCGAGUCCAGCAUGUACAAAUACCCCAGCGAACUGCCCUACGUGCCGAGCUACCACGCUCACCAGCAGAAGGUCAACUUCGUCUCGCCCCAUCCCCCCUCCAUGCCCGUCACGUCCUCCAACUUCUUCGGGCCCGCCGCCCAGUACUGGAGCUCUCCGACGGGAGGGCUUUAUCCCAAUCCCAGCGUGCCGCGUCACGCCAACUCACACGUGCCUUCCCACCUGGGCAGUUACUACUAAAACCCUUCGCCUUUCACCCCGCUGCCCGUACGCCGAAACUUGAACUGCACUCGACAAGAAGAUAAAUAAAAGCAAGCUGGAACCGGAGGGAUUGUGGCCCGGAGAGUUAGCGCAACGUCGAAAGAAAGAGAAAGUAGAGCAAAACGGACCAAAAAAUGGAGUACUACUUAUUGGAGGAUGUUGGGUUGGUGUUUUGUUUCGUUUCUUGUGCCUUUCUACACCGAUAAAGCCAAUAAAGACCACCUACGUACAAGUCGGCGAACGACCGAGAAAAUAAUCACUGUAAACUCACCCUGUGUGUUUAAUGCAAUCGUGAACCCAGCGUUUAUAUGUUUUUUUGGACCUGGUCCCCGCUUCCCUUUGGAUUUUAUUGAAAGCCGCUUCGGUUACGCGAGUUUUAUCUCCUCAAGUCGUGACUGAAACUCUCUUUUCUACGCAAAUCUGGCAACUGGAAAACACGUUGGCAUGAUUGUUUAUUAGGAGCUUCUCAGGCUAGCUGGCUCAAGCUAAACUCAUCUAUAGCACUCCUCUAUGCUGAUGGCGUUGACGCGAAGCCCGCUUUUUCGUUUCUGACGCACGGUGUCCCGUUUCGUUGGCCAGUGAGAAUCCACUCGAUUUCAUCUCAAAGCAGCCGGAGUGUUGAGUCCACGCGAGAUUUGCGUCUCGGACGGAUGGACUGAACGAACGCGGGCAUCGCGCGAAGUACCUCUUCGACCGUUGAAACAGCAGCACGAGACGUUGAAACCAGAGAUUCGCGAACGCUGUGCGUUUGUCAGACCUAUUUGCUAGUAAUUUUUUUUCGUUUUUUUUGAUCAAAGGUCAACUAGGCAUUAAAAGCAUCUUACUGUAUAAAUUAUGCAGAGCUAUUUUCAUAUGUGACAGUGUUAAGAAUCAAACGUUAAUACGAGUUGACCUCGGUCAAAAUGCAAACUUUUUUUUUUUUUUUUUUUUCUUUUUAAAUCAGUUACUGAAGGUAGUUUUUACUACGUAGGUGUUUUGUAUCUGUACAUAUGGGCAAUAAGUUUAUGAAUGUUUUCUUGUAUUUUUCAGAAAAUGCUUUUUCUAAAGUUCUUGGUUGCAUCGCCAUGGCAAUAAGAGGGUUAUUUUGAUACGUAGUUGAUAUUUUUAUUCCUUUAAAGCAAAUGUCUUACCAAACUUGCUUAGAGACAAUCUCUUCUACGUAAGUAAUCGUUCCCAAAGUGCCAAAACAAUGCCUUAAAGCCAAAACGUCCGGACAGUGUUAUACAAGCGUCUGCCCUUGUGUGUAGCAUUAGGAAAAAAGCUGAUUGAAAAUCCCCAGCUCCUCAUCUCUUUAAGGGAUCACUCUCAGAUAUGAAGGAAUUGUGCUAUUUUAUACAUGCAAGUAUUUGGAUAUUAAAUUUAUUACUAUAUAAAUAUAUAUGAAAUAUUGCAAUUAACCUUUUUUUUCGUUAAUUUUGUCGUUUCUGCAAUUUAUUAAGUAUUACCUUUUGUAAAAGGGUCUGUUGUAUAGGUAAAAUGUGACAAAAUAAAUGUUUUUACAUUAAAAA